UUUUCCCAGUGAACAAAAUCUCGCGAGAAGUGGCGAUCCCGAUGUGCACGCGAUGAUUUGAGACCCGCGCGUGUCUGUGGAAAUGCUUCAGUUUGCACAACAAAGGAAGAGCAGAGAAUCGGCAGAAGAGGGGGGUGAAACAGUAGGAGUAUGUAAGGCGCUGGAUAGGCACUCGGUUUGGCUAUAUAAGGAUAUUUUGCGUGCGUCAGGGUGUUAUUCAGUGUUAUUCAACCUUAUUCAGUUCUCAGAUCAUUCAUGAUGAUGUGUUAUGAAAGGCACGAGCGCUGAGCGGUCCUCCAGAAAGGGCGCGCGCAUUCACCUGGCGGUCGGCUUCAUAACGCCUCUAUAACGCUGUGAGUUCACUGCUGAGGUUUCUUUACGCAUGGAUUUGGCUUAGGAUUGGUGUAGUGAGGUUAAAAGCAACUGAUGAGAAAGUUGCAUCACAGCAUUUGACCUGAGCACACAGGACGGACUCUGAGCCACACCGUUGCUUUGUAGAAAUUAUGGGAAAUGGAUAAACUCACCAUUAUUUCAGGAUGUCUGUUUCUUGCAGCCGAUAUUUUUGCAAUUGCCAGCAUUGUGAACCCAGACUGGAUCAACACUGGAGAAGAAGAAGCUACAGCGAAGACAAACAAUCUCUUCAUUGCCAGAGGUGCUCUGACCAUGGGGCUGGUUCGGCAGUGUCAGACGAUUCAUGGGCGGGACAGGAUAUGUUCACCCCCGAGCCUUUCCCCAGAAUGGCUCGCCACGCUCUUCUUUAUAAUCCUGGGCAUCAUUUCACUGUCCAUCACUUGCGCUUUGUUGGUGCUGUCACACUGGCAUCAGGAGACAGCGAAGUAUGCCCGCUGGAUCGCUUUCACAGGAAUGGUCCUGUUCUGUCUGGCAGCUCUUAUAUUUCCAACUGGAUUUUAUAUCAGUGAAGUCGGUGGACAACCUUACAAGUUACCCAACAGCACUGUUGUGGGAUCUUCAUAUGUACUUUUUGUCUUAUCAAUAUUUUUCACAAUCGUUGGACUGUUGUUUGCUGGAAAAGUCUGUCUGCCUGGCUGACAAAAAAGCAUCAUCACUAACGUGUUUGUUGCAAGCUAUAGAACUUUGUGCAAAGCAUGGGGUUCCAUUUUUAAGAACGUGAAAGAGUUGCUCUUAAACCAACCCACAAAGACUGACAAGAUUUUAUAUGCACUAUGUCAAGACUUGUGUAUUAGAGAUGCACUAUAUCACUGGCGCCGAUGAACUUAUCUGUUCAAUAUUGUCUUCUACUGAUCAUUAUUUUUAAAGGAUUCAGUUCUAUUGUGUUCUUUUAACAUCAUCCUUGUGAUUGUUAUCCUUGAUGUCAUGGCAUGUGAAAACAAUUAUUUAAAUACAAUGCACAUUUUUUGGCAUAAAGGUAAAAGCAGGUGACAAAGAAUACUGCUUGCCCAAGCUGAAAAAGUGUUCGUGCUGUACAGGAAAAGUGUUUUCAAGCCACAAUACCAACUCUGUCCUUCUCUUCCAGGAUGAAAUCUCAGCCUGUUAUUUAUAGCUGAACUCCUGUGCCACUUUCAGUUUUAUCCAUCUAUUUGUGAGAUUCAUCUGUGUAUGAAUCGGUCUCGUUUCCUUGGCAACAGCCAGCAUUUAGAGAAAAGAAAUGAAAAGUGAGAAAUUUC